CCACUAAACCAUCUCUCCAGUCUGACGCGUUUCUCAACUGACCGAUAUAAACCGAAAGUACGACCGGAGGAUCUUUAGAAACCGAUUUAACUCGCACGGUACUGACGGUACGACCGCAUUCAGCAUUAAAACGAACAACAUAUAGACUGUCAGACGGUACUAUCUCAUAUACAGACGAACUUUUCGUGUAUUUCGCAAAGACUUGAUUAUUUCAGUGAUUUUUCCCUUGUUUUAUUCAGCACUCAGCAAUACACAAGCCAGCAGAAUGGGAUCCAGUCAAUCAGCAUUAAAUUUUGGAGCGGGACCUGCCAAACUACCUAGAGAAGUUUUAACCGAAGUCCAGUCGGAACUUCUCUCAUACCAGAACAGCGGCAUGAGUCUGAUGGAGAUGAGCCACAGAUCAAAAGAAUACUCGAAAAUAAACAAAAGUGCACAGGACCUGAUCAGAGAACUUUUAAAUGUUCCAGACAACUACAGAAUCCUCUUCAUCCAAGGCGGAGGUUUAGGUGCUUUCGCUGCGGUCGCCAUGAACUUUAUGGGUGCUACCGGUACCGCAGACUACGCAGUUACCGGUACUUGGUCGUCCAAAGCUGCCAAAGAGGCCGAGAAAUACGGAAGUGUGAAUCUAGUGUUCCCCAAAGCGGACAAACCCGGGAAGAUUCCAGACCAAUCGACUUGGACGCUGAACCCGAAUGCUUCCUACUUUUACUACUGUGAUAACGAGACUGUGGAUGGUGUUGAAUUCCCUUAUAUCCCUGACACUAACGGAGUUCCAAUAGUAACAGAUAUGUCAUCGAAUAUCAUGACCCGAAAAUUUGAUGUUUCCAAGUUUGGCUGUAUAUUCGGCGGAGCCCAAAAAAACAUCGGACCUGCCGGCGCAGUGGUGGUCAUUGUAAGGGAGGACUUAUUGGGAAAAGCCAUGAAAAUAUGCCCGACAGUAUUCAAUUUCACUCAAGUAUCCAAAGAAAAUUCCGUCCUAAACACACCUUCAACCUUUUCAGUAUACGUAAUGGAGAAAGUCCUGCAAUGGAUAAAAAGAAACGACGGCAUAGAAGGCAUGGAAAAACAAUCCCAACGAAAAAGCGGCGUACUCUACGAAACAAUCGCCAAUUCCAACACGUUCUACAGUUGUCCAAUCGACCAGAACUGUCAAAGUAGGAUAAACAUUCCCUUCAGGGUAGGGGGACCACAGGGGAACGAAGACUUGGAAGAAAAAUUCCUACAGGAGGCGGAAAAAAGGUACAUGUACCAACUGAAAGGGCACAGGUCGGUUGGAGGCAUCAGGGCUUCCCUUUACAACGCCACCUCGUACGAAGACGUGGUACUACUAGUUCGGUUAAUGAACGAGUUUCAAAUUCAGCACCAAAAGUGAGGAAAAUAAGUGAAUUCAAACGGUUAUCGCAUCUCUUAUUAAAGUGCUUAAGUUGUUGAAUAUCUUAUUUAUUUCCUUCUGAGUAUUUCUUCACGAUGUAUUCCAUGUAUGUAUUUAUUUUAAGACUUUGUUAAUUUUAUUAUGUAAAAAUAUGUGUUUAGGUUAAUAAAACGCAUAUUAAGGUAUC